AUGAGCACAUUCGGCAGCCCCGGGAAGCUACCGUCAACGAGGCCCACACCCCCGCAACGAGGGAGCUUCCCGUUGGACCACGAUGGCGAGUGCAGGCACGUCAUGACCAAGUAUCUUGCUUGCCUGAAGGGGGUUCGCGGGCGCAACGAUGAUGAAUGCAGGAACAUCGCCAAGGCCUACUUGACCUGCAGAAUGGAUCGAAACCUGAUGGCGAGGGAUGAGCUGAAAAACCUUGGGUUCGCUGAGGCUGCUAAUCCCGAACCGGCGGGGCAGGCAAAGCCUCAACUGGAAGGAGAGAAGGGUGUCAAGGGAGAGCUUCGAUGGUAG